UAAAGAUGAAAGACCAUCAGACCCUAAAUAUUGCUCCUUAUUGAGAAACAGGACAUCAUAAAAGAAGGACAAUGAAAAGCGAUCCUAAAGGUUUUAAAGCAAGAUCAAUGAUAACAUCAUCGCUAACCAAAGGAAUCUCAUUCUGCGAUAGAUUUCGAAGAACUGGAACUCUCUUCGAUACGAAUAAAGCAAAGUCUAUAGAAGAGGAGGAAUCUGAAUCAAGUCUUGAACGGAAAAUCAGAUAUUUUUACUCACCCUAUAAUAAGCUGGGGAACUACAAACCUUAUAUGAAGUUUGAGUUUGAAGAGCUAGAUGAUGGCCACAUUCAGAAUAUUCCAGUAAACCCCAAGAGAAAGUCGACUUGGAAUAAGUUAUCAAAUAUCAUUAUGGAAGACUCGAAGACUCUGAAGAAGUUUAUCAAGAAUAUAUCCCAGAGAGACAUCCCUAGCCUUGCAUCCUUCAGUCCGAGUGUUAAGAGUAAGGUUAAAGAAAAGAAGAGCAGGGCUUCGCUAACUCCUUACAAGGAGGUCCCAAUUGUGAAGAAAUUGAGAGUCUCAAGGUUCAGGAAACCUAAUGUUUUCAGGAAGAGAAAAAUCACUAUGAAGCAACCCAAGACAAGAUUCCUUGUCCCUGAGAAGAAAGAAGUGUUUGAAUCAACUGCUUCUUCGGAAAAUACAAUUGCUGUACGUCCAUUCUCGCCUAUAAUAAGGAGAAAGAAAUUAUUAGAGGAUAUUGAUGAGAUUAAAAUUGUUAAGGAGUCUUGUGAGAACCCUCUAAAUCUCCUUUCAUGCCGCCCAGGAAUGGUUUUGCCUAAUUCUUCAGCUUCACCUAUUGGAUCACCGAUUAAGAACAGUUUCAAAAAGUCCCUAUCCAGCAAGAAGAAGCAGUUAAAAACAGCUUAUAGUCCCACUUUAUUCACCCGAGUCAGAAGGAGGGUCAAAUUCCAUUCAACCAAGUUACAGGCUUUCAUAAACGCAAAAACACUUUCACCUCAAAACAACACCUAA